GCCAGCCCUACAAACGCGAAUGUCUGUGAGUGACUGACUGACUGAGUGAUGAAAUUACACCAUUGGUCGGCCGAUUUAUGAAGUUACACCAUUGGUUGGCCAGAUCACGUGUGUUAGGUCCAGUCAUAUACUAGGUUUUAACCUGGUCUUGUUAACUCAUACUUUGGUUGCAGUAGCACUGAAUGUCUGCAGUAGCACUGAAUGUCACAAGUUCUUUCCGCACUUACGUGCUCUUUUAUUUCAGCUGAUCUGGCUUUUUGGUAGAUACACACCAGCACGGUUUUCUUUCUGUUGUCCUUUUUUUUGUAUAACGAACAUACGUUUCUGCAUCAAACUGAUGCAGGUUCUUUCUCCGCUGGCAGCUUCUUCCUUGAAGACUCCCGGUCUCCGCUUUUAAAACCCCAGGCUCACUGUUGAACAAUCAGAGGCAAUCAGCGCAGUCGAACAAUUAGCAAUUAUCGGCGCCGAUUACCUCCACCUAACAGCUGUGACGUUGGAUCCGAGAGCCGCUCCUGUCACUCUCUCUCUGCAGCUGACGCCAAACCACGCCCACCCUACCACAAUCUUUGGCAGGAGCUGGAUUUAUUGCCAUUGGAUUUUGGGCCUGGAGUGAAAAGGGGAUGCUGUCGGACCUAACCCAGGUGACACGGUCGCAAGGUUUUGACCCUGUGUGGUUGGUUCUGAUAGUAGGAGGGGUCUCCUUCAUCCUGGGAUUUGCAGGCUGUGUGGGAGCACUGCGGGAGAACAUCUGCCUGCUCAAGUUUUUUUCAGGUCUCAUUUGUUUCAUCCUUUUCCUGGAACUCCUGGCGGCCGUUCUGGCCUUCGUCUUUAAGGACUCCCUGAAGGAAUGGAAUUAUGACUUCUUCCUAGCCAACAUCAAAGCCUACAGGGAUGACAUUGAUCUGCAGAAUGUCAUUGACUCUUUGCAGAGACUGAAUUUCUGCUGUGGCGCCAGAGACCCGAACGACUGGGACCUGAACGUUUAUUUCAACUGCACCAAGAGCAACCCCAGCAGGGAGCGAUGUGGAGUUCCCUUCUCCUGCUGCCUCCCUGACCCCGCGGACAAUGUGGUGAACACGCAGUGUGGCUACGAUGUCAGAGAAACAAAGGGUGACUGGAGCACCUCCAUCUACACCAAGGGCUGCAUUUCAGCUCUGGAGGAGUGGCUGCCACGGAACUUCUACAUCGUGGCUGGAGUCUUUAUCGGCAUAUCCCUGCUUCAGAUGGUGGGAAUUUUCCUGGCACGGGCUCUGAUGACCGACAUCAUGCAAAGCAGGUUCUACGACUGAAGAGGCAGGUUGUGGCUUGCUCCAGAGCAUAACAUGGAAGUGCCUUAAUCCAUCUCCCAUCUCGUGCAUCAUGUGUUGGCCAAACAUGUACGGCAGUACCAUGCCCUCCACCAUCUUACACUGGAGAAGAGCACUGGUACCCAGCAUGCACUUUUGCCAGGAGUGUGGAUGAGACUUCAUGCAUACAGCUUUAUUUUCAUUAUUUCACAAAGAGCCUUUUAUAAAGGGAGUUUUUGUACUGGAUUUGCACAAAUGUGUAAUUCUCUUUUAUAAAGUGUGUUAAUAAAAUAUAUUUGCUUUUUAUUCUGUAAGAUGUCUCGAUAAUGUACGUAAACUUUAACAUACAUUUUCUAUAGAAUUUUCAGUGGAAGAUUUUAUAUCAUUGGUAAACAUGGUUCAGUAUUUAAGCCCACUAACUGGGGCAGUGAUGUCUGUCUAGUUGGAAAGAGUACCAGCAUGCACUGAAGCACACCUGACUCCUGCUCAUUGGGCGUGACUGAAAAUGUGAAAAUAUGUCUGUUCUGAACUGCAGCAGCUCAUAUUACUCAUUAGAAUUUUUCUGAGUUUAUUAGCUUUGAGAAACUUUGUGUGCUUUACUGCCCCCUGGUGUUUACAUGAGUAAACUGCAGAAAUUGGUUUUAUUAUUAAAAAGCAUAAUCAACCAUUUGUCUUAACUAUGAACUUUUGAAAACAAAGAUUUGUACCGGUCUGAAAGUGCAUCAAUGUUCAAUUAAUAUUGAAAUCUUAACCCAGAGAUUGGUACCAGAUUGAUUGUAUCUAGAUUUGUACAAGAUUGAAAGUGCAUUAAUCAGUGAUUAAAUGCAGAAAAUGA